UGUGUGUCAGGAGAAACAGAGAAGAGAAGAUUCUUGACAUAUAAGAGAAACCUUACCAAUGGAGCCAUCGGAAGAAUUUAUGUUCAAACAUAAAGGAUUUUAUUUCCUACCAGACUUGGCUAACCCUGAAUAUAUAGAUUCAUUGGAGCAUUUUGUAAUCCGAGACAGUGAUGUGUUUGUAGUUACUUUUCCAAAAUCAGUACUUGCUAGCUCGUGGUUUGAUCACAUCAGAGGCUGGUACACCCACAGAGCUGAUUACAAUAUUCUCUUCCUUACUUAUGAGGAGAUGAAGAAGGAUCUCAGAAGUGCUGUGCUGAAAAUUUGUGACUUCUUAGGAAAACGGCUGACUGAAAAGGAGUUGGAUGUUGUUGUGGGGAAGGCUACAUUCGAUAACAUGAAAUCUGAUCCCAGGUCAAACUACGAGGACAAGACAUGUAUCUUGGAGAAAGGCAGAGACAAUUUUCUUCGCAGAGGGACCGUUGGAGACUGGAAGAACAUAAUGACUGUGUCACAAAGUGAAAAGUUCAACAAGGUUUUUAAUGAGAAAAUGAAAGACCUGCCCUUCAAGUUCCUCUGGGAUCUUAAUGAAGAAAUAUAGGCUGAUUUCCAGUUUGAAGAUGUGAAAGUGGACUGAAAGUCUUGUACAAAAUGUUCAAAUUAAAAUCCAUAGUUCUGUGCAA